GAGGGAGGCUCUUGGCUGGACUCCCCUCCUGCCUCCCCCUGUUCUCUCUCUCGUCAGCUGGAGGAAAAGAUGUGAGGAGCACAGAGGACGGGAGGACCACCUGACUGUCUGUGUCUCUGUCUGUCUCUGUCCGUCUGUCUGCCGGCAUGCUGAGGAAACUGGUCUGCAGGCGGAUCUGCUCCUACAAAAACUUCGAGGACGAUGACUCGGUGGACGGCGUCCGCUCCUCGUCCUCGUCCAAAGGAGCCUCUCAGUCUGGGAAGAAGACGGUGAGCAUGGGUUCAUUCCGACGCCCACCCUCCGCCUCCAGCGCCAAGUCUGCAGGGAGGGACGGCUCUGCAGCCGGAGCCUUGGACGAGGAAUACUUCAUCCAGGCCUUCGAAGAUGUUCCCACGAUGCAGAUCUACUCCAACAGAGAGGUGGAAGAGGCCAUGACGAAGAUUCGAGACGUGCUGUCAGACGACAAGAGGGACUGGGAGCUCAGAGUGGCGGCGCUGAGGAAGGUGCGUUCGCUGGUCCUGGCCGGCGCUCCAGAGUUUGACGGGUUCCUGCAGCAGCUGCGUCUCAUGGAGGCGGCGUUCAAGCUGUCCGCCAAGGACCUCCGCUCUCAGGUGGUGAGAGAGGCCUGCAUCACACUGGGUCACCUGUCGCUGGUGCUCGGCAGCAGAUUCGACCACGCUGCAGAGGCCGUCAUGCCCAUUCUCCUCAACCUGGUCCCCAACAGUGCCAAAAUCAUGGCCACCUCCGGCGUGGCCGCCAUCCGCCUCAUCCUCAGACACACUCAUUAUCCACGUCUCAUCCCCAUCAUCACCAGCAACUGUGUCUCCAAAUCUGUGGCGGUCCGAAG